AAUGAAAGUGGACAUAAUUUACACGUUUUUUGUUAAAGUUACAGUUUUUGUUUGAUUUUGAUCAGAGUAAAACGUUUUUUUUUUUUUUUCUCAAAGAAACGGUUUGGUAAAUUGAUCAGGCAUUCGGCGGGGCUGCCUCUUUCAUUCCCUUUCCAGCGAAGAUGGCGGGUGAUGAGUCUGGAACAACGCUGGGUCAGCCUCAUCUGGCCAAACAAGACCUCAGCUCUCUGGACGUGUCCACCCUGACGCCUCUCUCUCCAGAGAUCAUCAGCAGACAGGCCACCAUCAACAUCGGCACCAUCGGUCAUGUGGCCCAUGGGAAGUCCACAGUAGUGAAGGCUAUUUCUGGCGUUCAUACCGUCAGGUUCAAGAACGAGCUGGAGAGGAACAUCACCAUCAAGCUAGGAUAUGCUAACGCUAAGAUCUACAAGCUGGACGACCCCAGCUGCCCCCGGCCCGAGUGCUACAGGUCGUGUGGCAGCAGCACUCCUGACGAGUUCUCCACGGACCUCUCCGGAACCAAAGGGAACUUUAAACUGGUCCGACACGUGUCCUUUGUGGACUGUCCUGGUCACGACAUCCUGAUGGCCACCAUGUUGAACGGCGCCGCUGUCAUGGACGCCGCUCUGCUGCUCAUUGCGGGGAACGAGUCAUGUCCUCAGCCUCAGACGUCCGAGCAUCUGGCGGCCAUCGAGAUCAUGAAGCUGAAGCACAUCCUGAUCCUCCAGAACAAGAUCGACCUGGUGAAGGAGAGCCAGGCCAAGGAGCAGUACGAGCAGAUCCUCGCCUUCGUCCAGGGAACGGUGGCCGAAGGCGCUCCCAUCAUCCCCAUCUCGGCACAGCUGAAGUACAACAUUGAGGUGGUUUGUGAGUACAUCGUCAAAAAGAUUCCUGUUCCCGUCAGAGACUUCAUCUCCGAGCCCAGACUCAUCGUCAUCAGAUCUUUUGAUGUAAACAAACCUGGAUGUGAGGUUGACGACCUGAAAGGAGGCGUGGCCGGAGGGAGCAUCCUGAAAGGUGUCCUGAAGGUGGGUCAGGAGAUCGAGGUUCGGCCUGGUAUCGUCUCUAAAGACCAUGAAGGGAAGCUGAUGUGCAAGCCCAUCUUCUCUAAGAUCGUUUCUCUGUUCGCGGAGCACAACGACCUGCAGUACGCGGCUCCAGGAGGUCUCAUCGGUGUGGGCACGAAGAUCGACCCGACUUUGUGCCGAGCUGAUCGGAUGGUGGGUCAGGUUCUGGGAGCCGUCGGAGCGCUGCCGGAGAUCUUCACCGAGCUGGAGAUCUCCUAUUUCCUCCUCAGGAGGCUGCUGGGAGUCCGCACAGAGGGAGACAAAAAGGCUGCCAAGGUCCAGAAGCUGUCUAAGAACGAGGUUCUGAUGGUGAACAUCGGCUCGCUGUCCACCGGCGGGCGGGUCAGCGCCGUCAAGGCCGAUUUGGCCAAGAUCGUUCUCACCAACCCGGUGUGCACAGAGGUGGGAGAGAAGAUCGCUCUGAGCCGACGUGUGGAGAAACACUGGCGCCUGAUUGGUUGGGGACAGAUCAGGAGGGGCGUGACCAUCACACCAACGGUGGACGACGACUGAAAACCGGACCGGACCUCAUCCCAACGACUCCAUCUUCCCACUCCUAGCUUCUGUUUUUGUUUUUCCUUCAGAGGAGGACGUACGGGAACACAUUAGGGACAUUUCACAGGAUUAAUGCCGUCUCCUGUGUCACCUCUGCUCCACUUUUUCUGCAGCAACUCGGAGGUCCGACUCCAUCGGUUCUCCUGCUGGAGAUGAAGGAGAGCAGAGGAGGAGGAGGAAUGCCGAAUACUACUCCUCCUUACAGCAGGAGUCCAGUCAGAACAGAACCAGUCCUGCACUGGGUGCAGAUUCAGUUCCAGUUAAAUAAACCUGAAAAGAAAA